CAGCUACGAUCGUGAACGCCAACUGCGAUUCGCCGCCACCGACUGCCGAGAAAUUGACAGUGUGCCGCGGAUCGUCGUAGUGUGUGGUUAUCGUCCGUUGUCUGCUCUCUUACUCGCCGUUACUCGUGUGUAUCUGUGUUUCGCAAACUUGCAUUCAGUUUCGUGCAUCUCUCAAAUAGAAGUAGUGCCGCACCAAAACGGCGGCAUGGGUUCGGAAUACAAGCAUGCCGACCUGACGAAUAUGGAGGAUUCAGGCCACAGUUGCGGUAGUAGUGUCGUGUCGGACGGUGAUUGCAGUGGCCCCUUCUACUCUGAUCUGGAUGGUGUGCAGAUCUCCGAUCUGGAAGGAGAUGGAGAGCUGCAAAUUCCACAGGUACUAACUAAAUGAAAAUGGUCAGAAAAUAUAUAAAAAUGCCGGGGAGCCGGAAUUAUCAGAAUUAUUCCAAAGAGGACCUUGAAAAAGCGGUGAACGCUGUCAAAGGUGGUAUGUCCAAAAAACGGGCAGCCAUAUUGUUCAAAAUCCCACGGGCUACUCUUGUAAAUAGAUGUCUUGGAAGACAUAACAGGAAAUGCGGUCACCCCACUGUUCUAUAUCAGCAGGAGCAACAGGUGAUUGCAGAUACUCUUGGGCAAGUGUCCAACUGGGAUUUCCCUUUGACUAAAUUAGAUAUUCGCACAGUAUUUAAAAAAUACUUGGAUAAACAAGGUAGAGUUGUGAGUGUGUUUAAAGACAAUUAUCCAGGUGAGGAUUUUAUUGAUAAUUUUCUGAGAAAGAACAACCUCUCAGUGCGGAUGGCCACAAACAUAAAGCGCGCGCGAUCAUCCGUGGGCCAAGCCGAUGUGUUGGAAUUUUUUAAUAGAGGCGCUCUUUUAAAUGCAAGUCUUCAAAACAUCUACAACUAUCAUGAAACCAAUAUAGCCAAUGAUCCUGGUGCCAAGAAAGUAAUAGUACCGAGGAACUUCAGAAGAGUUGAACGGGUUCAGAACUAUUCACGCUCUUGCACUAGCAUAAUGGUGGCCGGAAAUGCUGCUGGUCAAUUAUUGCCACCAAUGGUGGUGUACAAGACCAGCAACUUGUAUGAAAAUUGGUGUACUGGGGGUAAUCCUGGAACUGUAUACUGGAAUACCAUUUCAGGCUGGUUUGACAUGAGCCAGUUUGAAAAAUGGUUUGCUUCCACACGUACAAUCAACACGAGAAGCUGGAGCAAAAACAGUAGUAAUUCGUGAUAAUUUAGCGAGUUAUUUCGCCCCUUCCGUUAUACAAGCUGCCAAGGAGAACAAUAUUUAGGUAUAUGUGUCCACUUCCGGCCAAGGCAACCCAUUUGUUGCAGCCAUUAGACGUGGCUGUUUUCGCCCCUCUAAAAAGGAAGUGGCGCGAAAUUUUAGAACGGUGGCGAAAGGAGAGUGGAUACACAGGCACCCUGCCUAAAGAGCAAUUCUCCCGGUUACUUGCAAAGCUCUGGGUUCAGAUCAAUGAUAGUGUCGAAAAAAUCUACAGUCUGGGUUUGGGACUACAGGACUAUAUCCCAUGAACCCAGACGAACUUUUAAGAAAAAUUCCCGGAGCUUUACCCACCAGUGAAGAAGUUUCUCGUUCUCCUGACGCCAGUCUAGUAGACAUGUUGAAAGAAAUACGGGGCACAUCAGACGAACAGAAAAAGCGGAAAAGGGGAUAGAAGUUUAAACCGGUGCAAGAAAUGGACACAAUAGCUAAACAGGAUGCACCUAAAGACAUGGGGGUUGAAUCUGAUGACGACGAAUUGCCUUGUUCUGAGUCCGAAAACUUGAAUAUCAGUGCUACAUCUGGUAUUAUCUCAAAAAAAGAAAAGGUCCGCUCCUAAACAGCCGAGGUCAACAAAUAUUACGAAAAAGGCAUUAAGGAAUCGCGAUAACACUUCAAAGUGUGGAAUCUGCUCAGCUAAAUUUGAAAACUACAACAGCACUCUCGAAUGAAUUCAAUGUUUAAGAUGCCAGAAGUGGAUAUGUGGCAUAUGUAAUGAGGGUAGCAAAGAUCCCUAUUUUGUGUGUUUGAGGUGUGAGGUUGAGUCCGAAGAAGAAGAC